AUGGGGGGUUCUCAAAGCCGUGAAGAUCUAGAGCUCUCAGACUCGGACACAGAGUCCCAACAAAAAGAAGAAACAGAAGAAGAAGAAAGCUACCAAGAUGUCAGCAAUGAAACCCCAGAAAAAUCAUCCUCGAGCGGAAGAAACAGACCCAAAACCCCAUCUUCUCUUGAUGAAGUCGAAUCUAAGCUUAAAGCCUUAAAACUCAAAUACCCAUCAACGACAACCCAAACCCAACAAAGCCCUAACCCUAAUUUUAAAAAUGGUGUCAAACUUUACCUUCAUAUCGGCGGUAACACCCCAAAGGCCAAGUGGGUUACUUCAGAGAAGUUGACUUCUUAUUCUUUCAUCAAGACCUCAAAAAUUAAUGGUCAAGAUGAAGAAGAUGAUUCAGAGUCAGAAUCUGAAGGAGUUUCUUGGUGGGUUUUGAAGGUUAGUACCAAAAUUAAAGCGAAAGUCGCUGUUGAGAUGCAAUUAAAAACAUUUAAGGAACAGCGCCGUGUUGAUUUUGUUGCUGAAGGUGUUUGGGCUAUGAAGUUUUUUAGUGAUGAGGAUUAUAAGGUUUUCAAUAGUAAGUAUCAGGAUUGUUUGUUUGAGAAUACUUUUGGGUAUGAGUCGAAUGAAGCAAACAAGGCUAAGGUUUAUGGGAAGGAUUUUGUUGGGUGGGCGAACCCGGAAAAGGCUGAUGAUUCUAUGUGGGAGGAUGCAGAGGAUGAUUUCUUGAAAAGCCCUGGAUCUGCGACUCCUGCAAAGGGAAAUCAAGAUUUGAAAGAGGAAUUUGAGGAGGCGGCCAAUGGAGGGAUACAGAGCUUGGCUUUGGGUGCGUUGGAUAAUAGUUUCUUGGUUGGUGAUUCAGGGAUUCAGGUUGUUAAAAAUUUUAGCCAUGGAAUUCAUGGGAAAGGUGCUUAUGUCAAUUUUGGAACUAGGGAUCAUAGGAGUGCUUCGAAUUUGGUGCAUUCGACCCCUAAAAAGGCACUUCUUAUGCGGGCUGAGACUAAUAUGUUGCUUAUGAGCCCGAUGAAUGAAGGGAAAUUGCAUUCUACUGGUUUGCAUCAGCUUGAUAUUGAGACUGGGAAGAUUAUUACUGAGUGGAAGUUUGAAAAGGAUGGAACUGAGAUCACCAUGAGGGAUAUUGCAAAUGAUAGCAAGGGAGCACAAUUGGAUCCAUCAGGAUCGACAUUUUUAGGGUUGGAUGACAAUAGGCUUUGCAGGUGGGAUAUGCGUGACCGGCAUGGGAUUGUUCAAGAUCUUGCUGCAGCUAAUACUCCUGUUCUGAAUUGGAAUCAAGGACAUCAGUUUUCAAGAGGCACUAACUUUCAGUGCUUUGCAAGCACUGGUGAUGGAUCAAUUGUUGUUGGGUCUCUUGAUGGGAAGAUUCGAUUGUAUUCAAUCAAUUCUAUGAGGCAGGCAAAAACAGCUUUUCCUGGCCUGGGCUCACCUAUUACUCAUGUUGAUGUUACCUUUGAUGGGAAGUGGAUAUUGGGCACCAGCGAUACUUAUUUGAUCCUUAUCUGCACUCUUUUCACAGACAAGGAUGGUAGGACGAAGACUGGUUUUAAUGGUCGUAUGGGUAAUAGAAUUGCAGCUCCAAGAUUGCUGAAGCUGAAUCCUUUGGAUUCACAUCUAGCUGGUGUUAAUAAUAAGUUCCAAAAGGCUCAGUUCUCUUGGGUCACAGAGAAUGGGAAGCAGGAGCGCCAUUUGGUUGCAACAGUUGGCAAGUUUAGUGUGAUUUGGAACUUCCAGCAGGUAAAGAAUGGCUCCCAUGAGUGCUAUCGUAAUCAAGAGGGCUUGAAGAGCUGCUACUGCUAUAAGAUAGUCCUUAAGGAUGACUCCAUUGUUGACAGCCGUUUCAUGCAUGACAAGUUUGCGGUCAGCGAUUCCCCUGAGGCUCCGUUGGUGAUUGCAACCCCCAUGAAAGUCAGCUCCUUCAGCAUAUCCAGCAGGCGCUGA